AUGGCAUCAUUUUCUUCACAUAAUAUACUUCAUCAAAAAUUAUUUGAUGGAAAAACUAAAACAAUUUAUUCAAUUAUUGAUCAACCAAGUCUUAUUUGUAUUCAUCGAAAAGAUUAUCAUGAACCAUUAGGUUCAAGUUUAUGUAUUCCUGGUAGUCGUCGAUCUAGUAUUGAUAGUGCUGUUCGUCAAACUAAUCAACAACAACAACAGCAACAAAAUAAUCGUAAUAAUACUGAAAUUAACAGUAAAGGUUCAUUAGCAACAUCAAUAACUACAUGUGUCUAUGAAAUUUUACGUGAAGCAACUAUACCAACAUUUUAUGUUGCACCAUUUACUCAACCAGAUAUGUUUAUUGCAAAAAAAUGUACAAUGAUACCAAUAUUAUGGAUUAUUCGUCGUUUAGCUAAUGAAGCAUAUGUUAAACGUAAUCCCGGUAUUACAAAUGGUCAUCGUUUUAUUCCACCAAUUAUGGAAAUUUAUUAUAAACGUCAUCCAUUACUUUAUAAACAAUCAACAGUAGAUAGUUAUGAUGAUAAUUUCGAAUCAGAUCAUGAAAGUCAAUUUGAUGAUGAUGAAUCAGAUUUUGAUGAAUGUAUUUCAUCAAUAUGGUCUUAUGAACAACUUCUUAAUACAAAUAUAAAUACUGAAAAUGUUAAAAUUUCACAUACAGAUAUUGAAUAUAUGUAUGAAAUAUGUUGUACGGUAUUUGACAUACUUGAACAUGUAUGGAUGGUUAAUAAAAAUUGUCAAUUAAUUGAUCUGAAAAUUGAAUUUGGUAUAACAACUGUAGCACCAAAAGAGAUUGUUGUUGCUAAUAUAUAUGAUGUUGAAACCUGGCAUAUAUUACGACCUAUAGAGAAAACAAUAUUAUCUGGUAAUGAUUUAAUACAAGAAAAUCUUGUUUGGAUAAAUAAUUCCUUACGAGAUAUACUUGAUUUAAAUAUAAAUAUACCAUUAACAGCUAAAUUACUUUCAAGACAUGAUAAUGAUGAACAAAAAAAAUCUAAUAUUAUUCCUGAAUAUGAUUCUAUUGAUAUAAUUAAUGAUAAUUUAUCAUUACAUCUUUAUUCAACACCAACUACACCAUCAAUAACAAGUCGUUGUGUUAUUAUAUGUGCAUCAUUACAUGAUAUUGAAUAUGGUCAAAAAAUGAAAACAAUUCUUAAUGAUACAUAUAAUAUACAUUGCGAUAUACGUCUUUAUUCAAUAUAUAAAUCAACUCAAACAAUAUUAAAAUUUUUAUCAAAUUAUGCCUAUGAACAUUGUCGACCAACUGUUAUUGUUACACUUGGAAAUAUAAAUAAUGGUCUUGCUAUGUGUUUAUCAUCAAAUUCCCAAUAUCCAAUCAUACAUUGUUCAUUAAUAAAUAAAGAACAACAAAAUAAUUUAUUUGAUAUUAAUUCAUUUAUAUCAAAUGAUACAUCAUUAUUUACAAUUGUAUUUACAUUACCAAGUGCAAUACAAAAUGUUAUACAAAUACUUGCAAUGAAUGAUUGGAAAUUAUGGACAAAAUUACGUGGAAGACGAUUUAAAAAAUAUAUGGAUUUAAUUAUAGCUGAUCAACAAUUAUUAACAAAACAAACAAUGAAAACAAAUACUAAUGGUCUAAUGAAUAAAUAG